AUGCCCAACGACGCAGCCAAGUCCGUAAAUGAUGCGCCUCAGCAGUCUACCUCCGGCGGCGAAAAGACGGAGCGUCGGGGGGCCAUCUCGCAGCGAGCCUCGAGAAACCUCGCAUGGUUCCUCAAGAAGCACGCUGGGCACAUGGCCCGCAUGGAGGCUAAACAGCCACAGAUCGAUCUCAUGACGGCAGAAAACUGGAUCAUGCGCGAUGCCCUGACAGUCCUCUACAAGGAUUACAUCUCUGCCGGCCUAUCGACCAAAUCUCUAUCCUAUGCAGACGGCCUUGGUGGUGACCCGGCGCUUCUCCAGGCGACGGCCGAGUUUUUCAACCGACACUUCAAACCGGUAAUCGCGGUAAAGCCCGAACACAUCGUGACGGGAGCAGGAUGCAGCGCCAUACUGGAUAACAUGUUGUACGACGUAUGCGACCGGGGCGACGGCGUCCUUGUGGAAGCUCCCUUCUGGGGCGGGUUUGAAACGAGCUUUGUCUUGAGAUCAGAAGCUGUGCCAGUCCAUGUCCAGCCCACCGACCGAUCGAGCCGAGCCGAGACCUUCAUCGCAGCAUAUGAGGAAGCCUUGACCUCGUCGAAGUGUCCCAUCAAGGCGCUGCUCUUCUGCAACCCGCACAACCCUCGUGGCGAUUUAUAUCCUCGUGAGCAUAUCGAGGCGCUGCUUCAAUUCUGCGAGACUCACGACAUACAUUUCAUAUCGGACGAGAUCUACGGUCUGUCGACGUUCCACGACGGCGGACGCGAAAAUGGACCAGGCUUCGUUUCGGUUCUUGAGUGCGACUUGAAGAAACUCAAUGUAGAUCCGGCACGGGUACACAUCAUCUACAGCAUUAGCAAAGACAUGGGAAGCAGUGGGUUAAGGCUCGGAUUUCUCGUCACGCAGGCGCACCCUGAUCUUCGCCUAUCUCUGGCCAUAUCCAAUCACUCCAAGGUCUCAACUUUGACUUCUACGGUGGCUACCGCCCUGCUCUCCAACAAGGAAGGGCUUGAUGAAAUACUCGCAGAGAGCAGGAUCAAGCUAGCUGCGUCAGCGGGCGCCAUAAUGGACUUCCUUUCACACCACGGCUUCAAAUACAUCCGCCCUCUCGCGGGUAUCUUCAUAUGGGCACGUCUGGGUACUGUUGGUUGCACCUGGGAGGAAGAACGGGAGCUGAGCCGUAAGCUUCAGAUGGAAGGGGCAUCUCUCGGUGCGGGUGGCAGCUAUUGUGCUAUCGAGCCCGGGUGGUUUAGGAUCACUUUUGCCCUACCCACGCCGGUGAUGAACAGAGCUAUGAGGGUGAUUGAAGACGCCCUUGGACUUACAAACCACUGGGAGCCGGAAGUGCAAACGCGGGCGGAGGCCUAG